AUGGGUCGGCUCGACCGGAGUGAUACCACGGCCUCACAGAAAACCUGCGUGAAACAACCACAGCGUUGUGUUUCGCCGUUAUGCAUAUGUCUCCGCAUAGUGGGCAUAUCGGUACCAGCACUGAAGCAACGUGGGGAGUCCUCCACGUUAACAUGUGACUAUGACCUGGAAGGGAGUAAGCUGUACUCUGUCAAGUGGUACAGAGACAAUGAAGAGUUCUACCGAUACAUGCCUCGGUUGAGGCCCCCUCAACAUGCACACAAGUUGGACGGAGUCAAAGUUGACUUGGACAAGUCGACGGCCCGCCGCGUCCAUCUUCGAGAGUUGAUCCUUACAUCUCGGGGAUUAUACCGAUGUGAAGUUUCUGAGGAAGCUCCCUCAUUCCACUCUGCGCAAGCAGAAGCUUUUAUGGAAGUGUAUUACUUUCCACGUGAAACUCCUCGCAUAACGGGCCAUGAACGAGCUUAUAAAUUGAAAGAGCCUCUAGAUGUCAACUGCUCAUCAGCCAAAUCGUUUCCAGCUCCAGAUCUACAAUGGGUCAUAGAUGGGCAAAAGAUCACAGACAAAUCAUGGCUAAUUGCGUUUGGAGCGAAGCCGGCGUCGCAAGGGUUACUAGUAUCUACCCUCGGUCUGCGUGCGCCCACCAAGCCACGUAUGAAGCUCAAAAAUAAACUCAUCAAGCUGGAACAAGGCGUUUAG